AUGUCACCAAGCAGGCGCAAUUACUCGCAAACGCGGGACGCCGCCUUCAACAUCAGAGCAGACAGCGACGACGAGUACGCACAUUCAGAUAUGGACGCCGGCGAAGACGAGGCAUUGCAUAUACUCAUGGAAGCAAAUUACAACGAGGGUGCUUCGUAUGAUCAAAGCCCCACUGACCAAUUUGCAAACGAUGACGAGGACCCUUUAUGGCGAACCCAGGCUGAUAAUUUAUUCAGCGGGAAUGACAGCGAUGAUGCAGACGAGCGAGAGCAUGCCUCAUCACCAAUUCAACUCCCUGAUCCUGACAGCCAGGGCGAACACGUGGACUAUCCACCACCACCUCCAUCUCCCUGGUUACCAUAUAAGAAGUACUCACACCAAGAAAAGUACGCCAAGCCAGCACUUAAAGACAAGCCAGGUGGCGAAUCACUCGACAAAAUCAUAUCCUACUGUGAUAUGGUCGUCGACAUGAGCAAUAUCAGGUCCGCUCUUCGAAGCGUAGAGCUCUACCUUGGAAAAGGCCAAACCCGGGAGGCUGAAUCCGAGGUCCAGAAGGCUCGAGAUCUGGCAGAAAAGUAUGACGACAAACCAGUGCUCGCACGGUGCAGGUACUGGCAGGCUCGGGUGAAGUUUGCCCAAGGAAAAUAUGAUAAGGCGUACACAUUGUUUUGUGAUUGCCAGCUAUGGAUCACCAAGCAACCUGAGGCUAGCACAAUGGCAUUUUACCUGCCACUCUGUCAGCCGGGAUUGAGCGAUCAAGAGCGACAGCGCUUGCUGGAGGACGCGCAAAGACGUGCGAUGCAACCAGAGAAGAUGCAAGCGACUAUUGAAGUGCCAGACAACCGAGACUCGAAACGAAGAUGGGAGGAUAGCCUUCACUUGUUGUCGCAAGAUACCAUCCCACAGCCUAUGCAUCGGCGGAGAAUAGCCCGCCCCAAGUCUCUGCUCGAGAGGCAACCGGAAGAUUCCAGUGGACUUAAACUUGGUGGGAAGCAAAAGGUUUUCACUUUCGAGAUGCACCCCAAGGGCAUGGCAACCAGAUUCCGGCCGACAGAUAUUUUCUCGGAACAGCCUUAUGAGGUUAUUGUGCCGCAAGAACAAUGGGAGGAUUUCAUUGACUAUCACCGGGACCAGAGCGUCACGUUGACUUAUCUGGAGAGGGAGAGACGACGGUACCAAACCGUCGUCCAAGAGAAGUAUAAUCAGCGCUAA